AUGUCAUUGACUGGCACCUUGUCGCUUGCAAGAGCCCGGUGUUUUAGGGCUGUAUGCUAUUACAGAUCUCCAGGUUCCUUGGCGUUCCGGACAAGUGCUCACCAUCUGAGACAACCAUCACGCGGCUUCCGAUUUGGCCGCUUGUGGUCGUCAUACUGGGACCCUGACUUCUAUCGGGACAUAUGUUCCCGCUACCAGGGCUUUCAAUACAACAAGUUCGACAAUAUCACGCGCCCAUCGUCCUGGGAGAAACAUGACCUCAAUGAAAACACAAGGGUGGGAGUGAAGCAAAAGGUUGAGGGCUACUGGUAUCCAGGGGUCAGGGUUGGCCAAUCCAGCUCCUUCCAGACGAGCAGUCAUUCGGACUAUCAAACACCCGACAAUCCUGAAGGUGUUCGGCCAGGUCAGAACAUUGAGGAUGCAGAGAGAGCCCCUCUUGAGCAUCUGCUUUUCGGUAACAAGUAUAGGCACGCCCAGAACACCUCUUCUAAGGAUGUGAGCCAGGGGAGUGCGUCCUCCUCGUCUUCACAACCUUCUGAACAGGGGGACUAUAUCAUUGAUCCCAUAACACUCAAAAAGAUAUUCAAGGGUGCACCAGAGACAGCUUAUACGAGUUCCGAUACCGACGUUGAAAUACCAGUCGAAACAUAUAAGCCGCAGUUCGAGGAAUGCCGGCCGCCCGUUGAUAGCGAUUCCAAAAAGGCGAACGAUGACCAAGCGGACACUACCAGGUCGUUUGUUGCGGAUUCCACUCACCCGGAGCAACAAAAUCCAUUCACCAUCCAUCAGACCAGUGGAAGAUAUCCCCCCUAUUUUGCCGAACCCCAUAUAUCUGCCGAAGAAAGAGCCUACUACAGCCGUCCAUUCCGCAGCCAUGAACCUGAUGGCUUGUACGCUGCUGGGGCCGAAUCUGCCACAGAGAGCACCAAGUCGGCCAACCACGACAUCAGGUCAAAUGAACGGGGAGAUGAGUCAAGCUUGGCUGACCUUGAAAAGCACAGCACUAAGGACCCGGCGGCAAGCUCUGUCAAGUCUCCCUUAGAAGACGAUCAGAGCUACCACGAAGCAUAUGGAUACGAAGAUUCAGAAACUCCCCGGCAUGCGAAAGUCAAAGGUGAAAGCGCCGGUCAAGAAGGAUCGUCAGCUUCAGCCACCCAACAACAAUCUCAAAUGGAUGAGAGUUUCAAGGAGAACAGUGCAGAAGCAAAAUUCGAACCUAAAAAGGACUCGAAGAGUGCGCCGAGUGUCCAGACAUCUCAAGAAGAAAAGAGCCCCUUCCGGAAGCUGGUCGAGGAGCUGAUGGCUCAAGUAGCAACGGAGUCAAACGUGACUUCGGAGCGCGAAGCCCGCACAGUAGCAUCAGUCAACAACGCAGAAGAUACCAGCGCUAAGGUUUCACGUAAACCGAAACUGACUGGCAACUACGUCCGAGACUUUCCGGAGGAUUUCUCCGCGACCUGGACAACGCAGUUACAUGAAGACAUCACGGCCGGUCAGUCAGCGGAACAGAGCGAGACUGGCCGCAUUCAGCCAGCGCUGGAGAGGAUCACAGAGUCCACAUCAGAUAGUACGAAAAAGACCGAGACCACUCCUGGUGGAGCCGAUGCCACAAUCUUGCCAAAGCCAACCGUCUACAAGGUUCUUGUCUACGACCCGACAAUGCAAUGCGUCCAUAUUGCUGAGACCACCUCUACCACACCCGACACCACCACUCCGCUCUCACCUGCGGAGGUCCUCCUUCGUCUUUCUAAUCCAGCAAAGUUCUUCCCUCAAUUUGGCCCUCUCCAGGCUCAGGGAUUUGAGAUUGCAUCUGGCAGCGGCGAUGUGUUGAUUUUCCGUAAGGUACAAAAAAGGGUUUCCUCCUCGGAUGCGGAGCUAUCCAACAACCAUGUUGCCUCAACCGGGUUUGUUAACCCCAUCGACAUGACGGGUGGCUCUCGGGCUUACAUGGUGGCUGCUGAUCGCUUCGCCAACCACAGUAUGCCUGCAGGAAGGGUUGGUGCUACUGUGGAAGGUGAGAUGCUGUCACAGAAUGAUGUUUCGGAAGAGCGCAAGAAUUAUGGCUCUGGCAAGACAGAGAAAAAGAGCGUUCCUAAGCGUCUUGCCAUCGGAGCUGCUUGGUUGGCCGGUGGCACGUACGCCAUUGGCGUUGUGAGUGAGUACUUCAAGACCGGGGGCUCCGAAGAUAAGGGGAAGAGGAGCUUGUGA